UCUUUCUUAAUCAACAAGGCUGCAUGCAACAUUCAUUUUCUUUGCUUUUUUCUUUUAUAAGUUUUAAACACUUCUUCUCUCUCUGCUUAUCAACAAACAUUGGCUUAUGCAGUGAAUCUUCUGUUGCUCAAAUAAAGUGUGUUCUUUCAUAUAAAGCAUAUAUACUCUCACUGUAUGCUAAAGCAGUUUAAUUAUGAGUUCUAAAGAAAAGAAAUUUGUGAGAUUUGAAGAUUGGAAAUCAGAAUCAUCAUCUUUUAAUAUUGAAAAAUAUGAUUCUUCAAUUGAUGGACUUGAAAAAAGAAAAGUUAGAUCAAGUUUAAGUCCUGCAAACAAUGAAUCAGAGAAAAAAUCAGUUUGUAGACGCAAUGUUCUUGAUCCACAAGGUCCACUACUUCAAAAAUGGAACAAGAUCUUUGUCAUAACGUGUGUGAUGGCGAUAUCAAUGGACCCGUUGUUCUUUUACAUACCUGUGAUUGAUGAGAAGAGAAAAUGUCUUAAAUUGGAUGGAACAUUGAAGGUUACUGCUGGUGUUCUUCGCACAUUCUUCGAUCUUUUCUACAUUCUUCGCAUUGUUUUUCAGUUUCGAACCGGGUUUAUUGCCCCUUCUUCGCGUGUAUUCGGAAGGGGCGAACCGGUUGAUGAUCCUUUUGCUAUAGCCAUGAGAUACUUAAGUUCUCACUUCAUCAUUGAUAUUCUAUCAAUUCUUCCACUUCCUCAGAUGGUAAUGUUAGCUAUGAUUCCAAUUCCACAACGCUCAGUUCCAUGUAUAGCAAAGGAUUGGUUGAAGUAUAUGAUAAUAGCGCAGUAUGCGCCGAGACUAUUGCGAAUCUAUCCAUUGUUCAAAGAAGUAACAAACACUUCUGGUAUAUUGACUGAGACAGCAUGGGCUGGAGCUGCUUAUAAUCUUUUUCUUUAUAUGCUAGCAAGUCAUGUUGUUGGAGCUUUUUGGUACUUGUUUUCGAUAGAAUCGCAGUUGCGCUGUUGGCAUCGACAAUUGAAGCAUACUGCAUUCUCUGAUGAUUCAUAUUUGAGCUGUGGACGACGAGUUAAUUCAAGUGUUUUAUCGCUUCUCAACAAUGCUACUACUUGUCCUUACACUGAUCCUGAUGAAAUCAUUGAUCCAAUGGUUUUCAAUUUUGGAAUAUUCAUCGAUGGUCUUAAGUCUCGUGUGGUUGAAUCUAGAACUAAUUUGCAUCAUAAGUUCUUCUACUGCUUUUGGUGGGGUUUGCGCAAUUUAAGUUCUGUUGGACAGAACUUGAAGACAAGCACUUAUAUUGGAGAGAUAAUAUUUGCAAUAUUCAUAGCAGUGUUUGGAUUGGUGCUAUUUGCAUUACUUAUUGGAAAUAUGCAGAAAUAUCUACAAUCUACAACAGUUAGAGUUGAAGAGAUGAGAAUAAAAAGGAGGGAUGCAGAACAAUGGAUGUGCCAUAGAAUGCUACCGGAGUACUUAAAGCAAAGAAUUAGAAGAUAUGAACAAUACAAAUGGCAAGAAAAUCGCGGUGUUGAAGAGGAGACAUUAAUUCGGAACCUCCCUAAAGAUCUAAGAAGAGACAUAAAGAGACAUCUUUGCUUAGAUUUACUUAAAAAAGUGCCAAUAUUUGGAAACAUGGAUAAACAAUUGUUGGAUGCAAUGUGUGAUAAAUUGAAGCCAGUACUUUAUACUGAAAAAAGUUAUGUUGUUUGCGAAGGCGAUCCAGUGGACGAAAUGCUCUUCAUAAUGCGAGGAAAACUCGCUACUGUCAGCACCAAUGGUGGAAGAACUGGUUUCUUUAACUCGUCUGAGCUUAAAGCUGGCGAUUUUUGUGGAGAGGAGCUUCUAACAUGGGCCUUGUAUCCUACACCUUCUUCAAACUUGCCUAUUUCAACUAGCACAGUUCAAACUAUUUCAGAAGUUGAAGCUUUUGCUCUUUUGCCUGAUGAUUUGAAGAUUGUUGCUUCCCAAUUUCGCCGUCUUAUUAACACAAAACAACUCAAACACACUUUCAGAUUCUCUUCCUGGAAAUGGAGGACAUGGGGAGCGCGAUUCAUACAAGUAGUUUGGCGUAGAAACAGGGAAAAAAGGGCUCAGAAAUCGUUACGUGAAGCAGAAGAAAAACAACAACAUGGUUCUCAAAAUGAUGAAGAAGGAUCCUCACCAAGCUUUGCUACCACCGUAUAUGUACAAAGGUUUGCAUCCAAUGCAUUAAGGCAUUUGAGAAGUGGCAAGAAAAUGCCACAACCAAAGAGAAUGCUUCCACUCUUGCCUAUGAAACCAGCUGAGCCAGAUUUCCUCACUAAAAAAAACUAUGAUUAAUUAUGUUGUGGAAGUAAUUUAAAUUUCAAGUUAACCAAACCUUAGAAGUGUGCAUAUUUAAAAUAUUUAUUAUCUAUAGUAGUUGUAUAUACACAAAUAUCUAGUAAGUAGUGUUUGUUUGUUUGAGAAUUUCUGCAACUAAACGUGCAUAUAUAUAAUAUGUAAUUUAGUGAUGGUUUUGGAAUCUUAUGUUACAAAA